AUGGAUGAAGACGAACAAGAUGUUUACGUGGCACAACUUCACGAAGUAUUCGACAGUUGUGAUCAUUCCGGGAAAGGUUUCCUCAAUAGAAGCGAACUUGUUGAGUUGUGCAAAAAAUUACAGCUCGAUGACCAAGUUCCGCAACUGCUACAACAGCUUUUGGGGAGUGUGGAAGCAGAAGGACAGGUAAGUUAUGUUAACGUAACUUCAGAAGGUUUAGAUAAGCCCCGAUACCGUGGUAACGACGACCUGUUUUAGUUUGGCGUCGCUUCAAAUUUUGUUGUUACAUAGAUUGAGGGUUUAAUCUAAUUUACAACCUUUAAUUUCCGAUCUUCCAUUAAAGCUGGUAAUGUUUUUCGAUCUGUUAUGUUUACGUAUACCUAUCAUAAUAUUCUCUUCUCCCUAUCCGCUACCGGGGAAAAUUAGAUUGGUUCAAAAUUAUUCGAGUCUUUGUUUAUUUCAGUUCCAAGUGGGAGUCUACAGUACAAUAGUUUUGUUUACAGAAUGAUACCUUCGAGAAACUGAUACCUUAGGUUUUCUUCAUGUGAUGUCGAUUUCUUUAUCGAUUUUAAAUUGAUAAGAUUGGAAAAUUCCGUUGGUUCAUUUGUGUUGGCAAGUGAAAACCUCAUUUACAGCUGUACUUUCAUCACGCGAACCGGAUUAAGAUAUCUUUUGAAAGUUUCUUUUAGUUAUAUUGGCAUUCACAACGUACAUGUUUAGUGAUCAGUGAAAUUGAGAAAUUUGAAAAAAAGCGGCCUUGUUUUUUUCAUCAUUAUUUCGAUGUAAAAAUCCUAUUCAUCUCAUAAACAAACCACGGUUUAAUCGCAGAACAAUAACCCCGUCACUACAUUUUAUUUGCAUUUCUUUUAUCUCAAAACCAUGGCCUUUCUUCCAACAGCAGGCUGACGAGUCCCAUGCGGGAGAUAAUUUCAUCAGCUCAUUUUGUAAUUAUUCCGAGCAAUUUGCUGUAGAUUUUAAAUUUAUUUGCAUGCUGUUUGUUUGAUAUUAGAAAUUCAUCUAAUUGUCAAUUAGUUUAAUGAGGGUUCACUCUUUAUUAGUAUUUUAUGAUCUUGCCCCAGGCAUUUAAUUUUAACUAAGUUGUGUGGAUUUUGUUUUGCCCACCAGAAAGUUGCCACAUCUGUUAGAUAUGUGAGGAAACUUCUCAGUGUUGAAGAAAAAAUGUUUUAGAACUCUUAGAGAUUAACUUUAGGCAAGUUAAGCUCUUUUUCCAGCUUUUAAUUAACACAUAACCCUAAACUCUUUGUUUACUGAUCAUGUCAACACUUAGACGGAUUAACAAAAAGCUUACCACUUUGCAAACCCUCUCAUUUAAUACACUCAUUCAUCAUCUCUCUUGGGCAGAAAAUUAACUUCUUUGGCUAUAGUCAUUCGCUCGUAUAAAACAUGAAGGUACUUGUCAAACCCAUAAAGUUAAACCCAUCGUCAAUAGAUGGGUAUGGGGAAGGUGUCUUUACAAACAGAGGGAGCCGCAAGCGAGCACGGAAGGUGACCAUUGCAACCCUUCAAGGGGCAACCACCUGGUACCAUCACACUUUGAACCUUUGUGAGGGGUUUACUGGGAACUUACCAAGACACUAGUGAAGGGGGUGAAGCUGGGAGCAAAACGGUUGAUUGACGGCACAGGACUAGACUACGAUCAGUCUCUCUUUUUUCUUGGUCCAUCAAGCAAAAGGCUCGAGACACACAAAUGACCUUGUGGGUUACUUAACUUGUGAGACGGGAGAGGCACGAAAAAAGAGUGACUACCCGCAAAGCCAGAGAGAAUGGUCUUUCAUAGUCUAGUGAUUUUUUGGCAUAAAAACUGAAGUGUUGACAGGCCAAACACGUGAAACGUGACCCUAGAGUUUGCUUGAACAACAGAGGUUUUCCUUCUUUUCUUUUUGACGCAUAGCUUAUGCAGUGCAUAGAGGCGAUUCUAAACUAAUUGACUGAGCAAAUCUUAAUUUUGGCUGCUAGUGUUACAUUUAGAGGUCAUGAAGCUGGUGUAUUUCUCGCAUAUUAAUAAACUCAUUCCUGUGGUUUAUGUUUUGAAUGAGAUCACCCGAGGCCUGGCUCUUUUAAUCUUUUCUUGUUUAUGGGGAGUUCUCAGGGGAUAAUGUUCUUCAUAACCUAAUUGUAGCUUAACUAAAGCUAGGUCAGCUAUAGAGAAUUGUGCUGCAAGUCAGUCAAGAUCAUUCUUUGGGCGCCGAUUUGUUUUUUUUUUCCUGAGAUUCAAUGUAACCGAAUCUUUGUCCUAUAGUGGGUUGUCCUGUUUUGCAUCCGUUGGUAAUUACUUUUGUUUUAGCUGUUUAAAAUAGGCUUCCAGUGUAUGCAACGUUCUGUUAUAAGUUCUAAAGCAUGAAUGCAGUUUUGGAAGUAAAGCAUUCCUCGGCAAUGAAUAGAGGCUUUGAGCAUUGCUUCUCUUUGCUCUGUAUCUAAUCUUUCUAUUUUCGGAAUCCGUGACAAAGAUUCUGCAGUGCUUCAGCGGUCAUCAACUUGUUAAUGGUUUUGAUUAUUGACAAUUUUGUUGUCAACGCUUCAUGCAUCAGCCAAUCGUAUUUGCGUUGUGAGGCCAAUGCGUAUUUCAUUUACUCUAGCUGUGUGAGCAGUCUCUGUUUUUUCUUCUUGGGCUGCCACCCUCAUUCCUCGUGGCUUCGCCACUUGACGCUCGCGCGCGCGUGCACUCCCCUCACUAAAUCUGAAGAAAAAGAGAGACUGCUCGCAGUCUAGCACAGGACAGGCAAUGUUAGCAAGAUGAUAUGAACUCAACAAUGGCAUUGUAAAAUCAUGAAUGCCUUGCAAAAGCCCUGAGACCUUCCACAUACGAUAAGGGAAAGAGACCAUUGGCCAGCACUGUCUCAUGUUCAGCUUAACCUAUAUUGCAUUUAAUGACAUAAUUUAAUCCCUGGCACUCUCUCAUCAACAACUCUCCAACCCCUUAAAGGAAAUACUUGCCGCAUACACUGUGUGUACAGUCCAGAUACACUUACAUGCAAAGAAUAUAAACUGUCAAAUAGUAUUGGAACCCCAGUCCACAGACUAAUGCCUGUGGACCUACACUGUAUUUACGUGGAUCAGUAAAAUGGACGCGGUCCAUAGGCCGCCCUUGACUGGAAAACCCCUAAUCUUUUAAAAAACAAUUUUACUAGAGGUCUUACAGAAUUCUAAGAACCAUAAAUUGACUAUACUGCUGUCAUUUAAUUUCACCAGAAUCUCUUAAGAGGUUGAAACGUGUAACUCGCGAAGCUUUCUUAUGCGUAACAGCAAGGCUUUUAUAGCUUGUAGAUGAAAAGUCUAGGUAGUAUAUUAUUUUUAGCUAUUCAUGACUUCCCUAUGUUAACAUAUACACAUGUAGAUAGAAGUUACAUUAAUUAACACAACAAGCUAAUACCUAGUGCAGGGUGCAAAGAAAAUCAUUUUUACAGCUUGCCUUUUGGGCAACCUGAAGCUAGCAUUUACUAGCCCAGUCGUCAUUUCAACUAGCCCCAAAAGUUUUUUGAUGACCAGAAUUAAUUUCACAGUUCUUCUGUUGUUCGAAUUUCUCAAAAAACAUCCCUUUGCCAUCGGGCAAGUUAAAAACAGAAUUCACUAGUCCUAUAGCAAAACCCACUAGCCCCUAGCUAUUGGACACAUACUUUCUUUGUACACUACUAGUGAUACCUAUUUUGCAGCUGUACAUGUAGCAUCACCAGUUAAGAAGGAAUUGCUUCACAACUUGAACUUACAAAAGUCAAGUAACAUAUGAUCUGUUGCUUUAUAACUUCUGUUGUGUAUCUUGUGGAAACGAUUUACAUGUAUGUUGUCUCAUCAUGGCAGAGAACCUCAAGAAGAGUUUUAAAAAACAACAGUUAUUAUUUAUCAAGACCUGAAGGCCUGUCAAAAGGCCAAAAAUGUUUUGUGACUUGUAAAAAAUAUGUGCUUGCUCUGGCAACCAAAUAGUGUAUGAAGACAGCUAGGAUGCUCACCCCUGGCCCCAGGCUGAAUGUUGAGACCAGGACUUUUCAUUAAUGUUAUUACUGUUUUUGGAGAAAAAGGCUUAAAGCUCUGUUUUACAUGUAAGAGAAAGACUUUUGCAAGUGCAACAGGUGGUCGUAGUGUGCAGUAUGCUAUAUGCUUGUGUCUACAGCUUGUGGGAUUAUAGAGGCAGGAUCUUGGCCCUUUUUUAAAAUCGGUACUUUAUUUUAGCUGCGUGAAAAAAAAAAGUCAGGUUUACUGGAUGCUUCAAAAAUUUUAUGGAAAAAUUUGAAGAAUAUUUUAAGGUUAAGUCAUCAAAUUUCUUGCUGCCUGACCAAACAUAGUUUCAAGCCUGGGUUAAAUUACACUGUAUUGAUGAAUAUUAAAUGAACUCCGAGUAUAACCUGCUUUCUGACAUCAUUGUGUGUCCAGCUCUGUUGUCUUGUUUUAGGAGGAAAGACUGAUAACCUAUUCCCUGUGUGAAAUAAGUCUUGGCUGUUCAUCUCUGGUUAUUUUUCUUUACAAUAGUUUCUAACUGACAGUGUUAAAAAUUUAGUUAUCACCAUGAAAGAAUUUGUAUGUGAUUAUCUCUCAAAGGAAGUGACAGUCAAUGGAAGGAAACUAAAUGUAAGUUUGAAAAUUGUUCAAGUGGAUGGAAAGUUUUCUUUGUUCGACCACAACAUACAUGGAACUUAUUUCAUUCUUUUUUCCUCUGGAAAUAAUUAAUAAUCAUGAUGCUUUUCUCCAUUUAAACCUUUUGAGUCAUAAAAUAAUACAUUUAGCCACUAUGUUACUGCUUUGUCCUUAUUGCGAAUGUUAUCCAGUGCUUUGCUCUGACAGAGCCUAGUGGUCCCUGGUGCCUACCUUUUGCUCUCACACGACCAGAAAAUCUUAGUUUUUUCAUACAAGUUAGAUGCUGGGCACCCUAGAUUUUACAGUUUUAGGAAUCCUAAAACUGUAAAAUCUAGGUUCAGGGUCCGAAAUUGCACCUUCCUGGUCGCCAAUGCGACCAAAAAUUCAGUUCUGGCAACCAGAAUUUCAUAGCUGGUCGCCAGCUGGCGACUUGUAAAGCUGGUUGUUACUAUAGACUUUCACGUUCGGAGAAAAUGAUUAAGAAUUGAAACCUCGAAGCUAUUUGUCAACAGGGGCGUACUUUUCGUCCUGCUGAUAUUUUUUUAAUUUAAAAGUGAAACGAAUCUUCCUGUAAAUAUACCUCCACAACAGCUACGAUCAAUACGAGUUGAACGUUUCCAAGCCGCCAAGGGGAAUUUUUUGCGACCAUAAUUUGCCCUCUGACGACCAGAAAUUUAUACUUGCUCACCAGUUGGCGCCCAUAUUAAAAAGUUAAUUUCGGACCCUGACUAGUUACUGGUUCCGCUCAAUUUUCCUUAAAGCACAACCUUGUAAUCAGUUUUAUACACUGUGGUUAAAUUAUGACUACAUGAUAGAAAUUUAAAAGGUAAAAGUUACUUUAAAAUUAUGUACAAGGAUUUUAAAAAGUGGGUAAAAGGGAAAUUACAUAUCACCAUAAUUUUUUUAAGAUCAAGAAAAAUAAUAGAGCUAUCAAAGUUAGCCCAGGAAGCUCAUUAGAGAUUUUACAGUAUCCUAUUUGCACAAUCAAGGAAACUAUGUAGGUUUGGAAUUCAGAAUCCAGCAGUAAUAAAUUUCAAAAAGAAAAUUAUUAUCAGGGUGCAAAGAAAAUCAUUUUUAUAGCUUGCCAUUUGCGCAAGCUGAAGCUAGCAUUUACUAGCCCAGACGUCAUUUCAACUAGCCCCAAAAUCUUUUCGUCAAGCAGAAUUGAUUUCACACUUUUUCUGUUAUUCAAAUUCCUCAAAGAACAUCACUUGCCUGGCGGGCAAGUUAAAAACAGAUUUCACUAGCCCGAUAGGAAAAUCCACUAGCCCCGGGCUAUCGGACAGUCUACUUUCUUUGCACGCUGAUUAUGUAAAGUCAGUAGAAAAUGUAUUUUCGUUACGUCACAUUACCACGGUAGCAAAAUUUUUGGAUGACAACAAACCAAUAAGGUCACUUAAAAGUCUAUUUGCACUAUUUUAAAUUUCACCGAUCUUAUUCAAUUUUAUUUAAUUUGGCAAAUCUUGGUGAAAUUUUCUUUGGGACUGUAUCUAUCGUUAUCUAAUUUUUAAAAAAGCGACAAUUUUUGUGUUAUGUUCAACUACUCCAUAAAGCGGGCUCGUGAAAUUAGGAAGUUUCUUGUUGUUGUUAUGCAAUGACGGCAAAGAAAUGUACAAAAUAGCAUGAUGCACGUGCAAAGUUGUUGUUUGUUAAUAUAAGUUACAUAUAUUUUUUGCCAUUCUCUUUGCAGUUGUUGGGUUUUUUGUCAUCCAGAAAUAGUGCUACUAUGGUAGCGUGACGUCACACUUCUCUCUGUUGUAUUGUACUGUAUAUGUAGUCUUGUCUGUUAACCGCUUUCAGGUGACAUUUGAUGACUUCAAAGAAGGAUUUGUAGCUGUGCUUUCUCAAGCAAUUGAACAGUUGUCCUCCAGUGAGGAUGAAGAUCAACCCUCUGAUAGUACUGCAGGUAAAUUAGUAAGCUCUUAGACUAGUCCUGGGAAUCAGUCGAGAAUAUUUUCUUAAUCAAUCAUCAGAAAUAAUUGGAUUGACCCAACAGAUCAAUCAUCGAUUAUUAUCAGAAAAAUUUCUUUGCAAGAAUUUGAGACAACACCUUGAGUGUUUGUGAAUUUGCCCAACCGGUCCUAAGUGUUUAUAAGAAAAGAAGUAACUCUCUUCUCUAAGCAAUGUGGCUGGCACAUGUUGUCAGACCAUCCCGCACUUUGUUUUUACUACAAGUAGUGUUUAAGGAACUCAGGUGUAGUCAGGUAGAGUAGUAUUUGCUGUUUGCCUUUUGAUCUUUCUAAUAAUGAAAACUGGCUUAAAGAGUCAGAGACAAUGGUUUGCAGUAACUUUCAUUUACUGAAAAUAAUUAUCACAUUAUACAUUUUAAACUCUUUUAAAAUGCAACUGGCACUUUAACCGGGGCUGUCAUUAAGGGGUGGGGCUUGAGAUUUUCCCCAGCUACUAUGAAGUCGACGCCCUUUUACUUUUUUAGGAGUAGAAGAAAAAUUAAACCAAAGGUCAGAAUCCCUAGCUCUUUGAUUCCCUGCCUACUUGUUGUAUUUAUAAUUACUAGCUAACUUGAAAUCUUAGUGACAGCCCUAGCCACAGGCUGACCUAAACAAAUAAAUGCUGAACACCUUCUGUUUAACAAAGAUUCUUAAUCAGGUACAUGUAUGUACAGUGCAUACCUAUUAUAAUGGUAAAUACUGCAGUGUUGUCGUGUACAUUAAUCAAUUUAUGUAAGUUUAACAAUGUUUAUCAACAUUGAUCACUUUCAGAACCACCAAAGGCUGUGGUAAAUGAGAAGAGGUAUGGAAGAAGGUCACGACCAGAGACUUCAUACUCAGAAGACCUGUACUCUGCUGAUGAUGAGAGUCUGAUUGACAGUCGGCCAGAGAGUCGCUUGAGUGACUCACACUUCACAAUGGAGGCUGAUCGUGUUGAGAGCCCUGUCAGAGAGGUAUGUAAUGAAAAAUUGUACGAAGUUGUCGUGGAUGCGAGGACAACAUUAUAACUUACUGUCUUUAUGUCACAUCUUAACAGCAUAUUAGCUCAGACCUGAGUACACAAAGCAGAGUGCAAAGAAAGUCAUUUUUACAGCUUGCCAUUUGGGCAAGCUGAGGCUAGUAUAUACUAGCCCAAAUGCCAUUUCAACAAGCCCCCCAAAAUUUUGAUGAGCAGAAUUGAUUUCACAGUUCUUGUGUAAUUUGAAUUCCCCAACAAACUUCAGUUGCCUGUUGGGCAAGUUAAGAACAGAUUUCACUAGUAGCCUGAUAGCAAAAUCCACUCCGCAGACUCGCACUCUUCCAACUUGCAGCAGUAUGUACAUGUACAUCCAUUUUGUUCCACCCCUGGGCCAUGUCAGAGUAAGUAUAGCGUGAGAAAACAGCCAACAUUUCGCGACACCACCACUAGUUUUCCCUCAGAGUGACGUCUGAGAAACGAGGUCAUCAGACAUUCGAUACUGAUGACGGAUCAGUGCCCAGAUCUGGGUAGUGCUUCUGAUUGGUGGAAAGUUUGUUUCAACCAAUCAGAAGCAGUACCCAAUUUGGGUUGUGAUGUGUCAUCAGCGUGGAAUUUCAGUGCUCGUUUCUCAGGUGUAAUUUCGUUGGGAAACCAGUGGUUUCUAAUGUCAGAGGGGACUUGAGUUAGUUUAACCAUUCACCCCUGAACUGCCCGUGAUUGCCUGUGUGUAGCCAUGCCCCUUCUACAGCUUGUGAUUUCAUCAGUCAUAAAGAACUCUAUCUAGGAGCUGGCUGUGCCAAAAGUGGACAUUCCUGGACAUUCCAGGCACUCAACCUUCAUUAAGCUACACAGAAAUUAAUACAGGGUUCUUCUGAAUUGCUAGAGGGGUGGAAUUUCCUGCAAAUUGAGCCAACGGGCGCAUAAUGGGUUACAGGUAGCUGGGACUGUAAGUGUAUGGUGUUCUUCUGUAUACAUGUUAUAUUAUUACUCACUCAUUUUCUUUCCCUUAAGGAAAAAACAAAGUUGAAAAGAAGACUGUCUAGCAGGAAGAGUAGCCUGAGAAACAGCAUACGUCGUCACAACUCUAAGCAGAGGAAGUCACGUGAAGAUUCUGUCAUUGUGAAUGACUCCGAUGCAGUGGAUAGUGGUGGCUAUUUAAGUGUUUCUCCACAUCCAAAUGAUGGCAACUCAGGUAUUUGAGAUUUGCAAUGUUCUCCAUGCAGUUAUUAAGGAGCUAUUGUAACUGUAUGGAUCUCAAGCUAGGCCAAAUCAGCAACCGGUGUAUCAAAUAACCCUUGAGCCCCAUGUCCACAUACAAAUUCACCAGACCAGAGGUGGACCUAGAGGGAGGUUGCAGGGGGUGCCCACUCUCCCCCCUUUCUAAUUAUUACUGUGCAGUCACUUUACAGUUUUUCAAAAUCUGCUGUGUCGCUUGAUAUGUAUUAUCAGCAGUUCUCAUUAAUUGCCUAGUCAAAAGCCUUCUUCUUCAUAUUCGCUUUUAAAAUUUGUUUAUGUCAACAGUCAGUUACGCCAUCUGCUAGUGGGAUAUCCCCUCCUAAGAAAAAUCCUGGAUCCACCCCUGCAGACUGAACUACAUACAUUUCCAUUUGAGGAUCAGUCAACAGAGAUUUGUGAAAAAAUCAAAGAAUUUUCCUGUUAGUGAUCAUUACUUUAAUUCUCUUAACUCAUUCUCUGUCUCUCUCUGUCUUAAUUAUGUAUUGAUAUUGUUAGCGGAAAGUUGAUGCUUGUCACUCGUGGGAUUUACUGAAAGGUUUAAACAAGUCCUUGAAUGUUUUACAUACAUGUAUUGGUGUAUGUCUAAUUUUCUACCAGGCUAUGAAUCUCCUACUGAAGAAGAACAACUGAGGGCAAUCUGGAAUGAAGUCAAUGUUGGUGCAACAGGUUUCCUGGACAGACACGAACUGUCAGUUGUGUGUGAUCACAUCGGCAUGGACUCCAUGAAUGAACAGGUUUGA